AUGGGAGGAGUGUGGGAAAGGAUGAUAGGUGUCACACGAAGAAUAUUAGACGCUGUUAUCUUAACUUCUAGUAGUAAAAGUUUGACUCAUGAAAGUUUAACAACAUUCUUAGCUGAAGUGACCGCUAUUAUUAACGCAAGACCCAUUGCACAGAUAUCAUCAGAUCCAGAAAUGCCUUUGAUUCUAAGCCCAUCAAUGCUCUUAACUGGAAAACAAGACUACUUACCUGUGAUAACGGACACAUACAAUCUCAAGGAUAUGUAUCGUGCACAAUGGAAACAUGUGCAAGUUCUAUCAGAUAUAUUCUGGAAGCAUUGGAGGUCAGAUUAUUUACAAUGUUUGCAACAGAGACGUAAAUGGCACGUUGACAAAGACGAUAUCAAAGUUGGUGAUAUAAUUCUUAUGAGAGACAAAUCUAUUUACCGAGGAGAGUGGCCACUAGGCAUUGUGGAGGAAGUUUUCAAAAGUGAUGAUGGAAAAGUACGCAAGGCUCGCCUCCGCAUUUACAAGGAAGGAAAAGCUGUUACAUAUACUAGACCGAUUAGUGAGAUGGUUUUAUUGGUAGACUGA